CAAAUGUCAGUAUCAGCAGUAAGAGUAUCUGCAAAAACCACCGCCAAGUCGGCUAUAAUCUUUGUACACGGACUCGGAGACUCGGGUGAAGGCUGGUCAUGGUUUCCACAGCUUUUGAAGGGAAUGGGAAUCAUAUCUCCAGCCGUUCUUGAUGCAACUAACUUUGUGUUUCCCAAUGCUCCCACUAUCCCCAUCUCCGUUAACGGUGGGUACCAAAUGCCCGGCUGGUUCGAUAUAUUCGAAUUUGGUAACAUAAAAGCUCGUCAGGAUAUUCCCGGGUUUUUGCGUUCUUGUGAGGUUCUUAAGGCUCUUAUAGAAGAACAGGUUAAUGUCCAUAAUGUACCACGGGAAAAAAUUAUAAUUGGUGGCUUCUCUCAAGGAGCAGCCAUAGCGUUGGCCACAGCCAGCUUGUUGGAGAGCAAAGUUGGUGGAGUGGUGGCUUUGAGCGGGUUCUGUCCCAUAAUUGACGAGAUCAAGAAAUUGCACAACAAGAACGGUACGAAUUUUUCCAUCCCCGUGUUCCAAGGCCACGGAACGGCUGAUCCAAUCAUCGCUCACCAGUAUGGCCAAUUGACUGCUGAGUUCUACCAGUCUCUUGGGUUCACCAACUACCGGUUCAAAAGCUAUCCAGGAAUGGCCCACAGUGCAGGUGACGACGAAUUGGUCGAUGUGGCCAAGUUCCUCAAAGAUGUUCUAUAAGAAGGAGCGGAACCUUGUGUGUUUGAGGCGACAGUUAUAGACACCAAUAUACAUCAAAUAGAAUUAUUCCACUUUCUCUU